AUGUCCGGCAUGGGCCACAUGUCCAUGGGCGAUGAUGUCCCCGACCUCUUCCAUCUCCAGCGCAUGUACUGGGCCGUCGUGGGAAGCGCCAUCGCAGCAGCUACAGUCGUCAAUAUUCUGAAUCGCUGUCUUGCAUACCAGAGACUACAUGACACAACGCUCACCCCAUCCAAACCAAAAUCACUCUUCUUCAACACAUACGCCACACUGACAGCCAUCGUUCGCGAAGCCAGCUACGCGACUCUCCCUCCAUGGUCCAUCCGAGGGUAUACACUCCACUUCGCCCCGCUAGGCCCAGUCUCCCUCAUCCUGGCAAACCUAGUCAUCAUCCUCGUCCUCUGCUUCUACAAGCUCGACACAUCCGACCGCUGGAAAUGGGAAGACGUCGGCUACCGAACAGGAUUCAUCGCAAUCUGCCAACUCCCCUUGAUCUUCCUGCUCUCAGGAAGAACGAACAUCAUCGGCUUCCUCUCCGGAUCAAGCUACAACCGCCUCAACUGGCUCCACCGGUGGAUCGCCCGCACGCUCUGGCUGACAGCGACGAUCCACAUGGGCUUCUGGUUCCGCAACUGGGCGCAAUACGACUACAUCGGUUACCAGCUGCGCAACGACCCGCUGACCCAACGCGGAUUCAGCGCGUGGUGCAUCCUGACCGCUAUCGUCUUGUCGUCGAUGGCUCCCGUGCGCCGGCUGAGCUACGAGUUCUUUGUCUUGCAGCAUCUCGUCCUGUUUGUGGGGUUCCUCGUCGCUAUCUGGCUGCAUGCGCCGGCCGAAGUCAAGGUGUGGGUGUGGAUUCCCAUUGGGUUGGUAGUGUUUGACCGGGUUGCGCGGUACGCAUGGGCGGCUUACGCCAAUUUGUCUAUCUUUCACCGUUCGCCCACCAAGCAGGCACCUUGGGCUAAUCGCGCGACUCUCACUCCGCUGCCGGGGAAUGUCACCCGCGUGACGAUCGAGAACCCGACUGUGAGCUGGAAAGCAGGCCAGCAUGUGUUCCUGACGUGCCACUCGCUCGUGCCCCUGCAGAGCCAUCCAUUCACUAUCGCUUCGAUCCCCUCAGACGGCAAAAUGGAGUUCCUAAUACGUGCCGAGAAGGGCGGUACUCGCCGUUUCUUUCGCUACGCUUUGAAGCAGCACGGCGUCCUUGGGUCAUCAGCAUUGGCAUCCGAAGAGCAGACCCGCACGGUAUUCAUCGACGGACCGUACGGGGCUAUCCGACCCCUGCGGCAGUUUGACAGCGUAGUCCUGCUGGCAGGUGGCAUGGGAGCCACGUACAUCAUGCCCUGUCUGCGGGAUAUUAUCGCGGGAUGGAAGGAGAGUGGCAUGGGAGGAAAACCCCGUACGACAGCCACGAAACGCAUUCGGGUCGUGUGGGUGGUCAAGUCGCGAGCCCAGCUAUCUUGGUUCGAGAGGGAGUUGCAAGCCGUCCAUACGGAGGUCGAGCAGUGUCGUCGCGAGCAGCCGGAUAUUACCCGAGAGGUGGAAAUAAGUGUUUACGUUACUUGUGACGAGAAGUUAGAGCCUGUCGUGCAGCAGACUGUGUGUCUGCAGUCCAACGAGCCGACGCAGACGAGGGGUGAGAACCCCGCUGAAGGGGCAGAAAAGGCGGGACACAAAGACGACGCCUCCGUUCGUUCUGUAACGCCGUCCUACCACACUUCGUCGCCGAUAGAAAACUGCUGUCAGUCGGGCGGUGGAUGCUGCUGCUGCGUUGAUGCUGUCGACGAAGACCAGAUUGCGGACGAAAUAUGCACGUGUUCUGGACAUGCAGCCUCAACCGACACACACGAUGUAGCAAUGACUACUGCGGCCACAGCGCCAGAAAAACCUACCGCAAAAACAGAACCACCUUUCCACUCAUCUACUGGAGACAAGAACCUGAACAUCUUGUCUGGCCGCCCCAAACCCCGCAACAUUAUCCGCAAAGCGCUGGAAAAAGCAGAAGGAGAGAGCGCAGUUGUGGUGUGCGGGCCUGCUGGUCUGUCAGAUGAAGUUCGUCGGAGCGUGGUGUAUCUAAGCGAUGAGCGGGCGGUACACAAGGGGACGGGGGCGCAGGGGGUGUAUUUGCAGGUGGAGGGGUUUGGAUGGUAA